UCAUCAUCAUCAUCUUCUUCUUCUACAAAUGUAGAAUUCUAGUCUCUCUAAUUUCAAAAACACACAAAAAUUGGAAACCAAAUUAUAAAGAGCUGCUCUUCUCAGUUCCUCUGAGAUUAGAUAAAAAAAAAAAAAAACCAACGAUUUCUCGAUUGUAAAUACAAAAUCUUCAAACUUUAAAAGUUCUCUCAAGUUUUUUUUUUUUCUCCUAUUACAAAAAAAAAUGAGAACUUUGGAAUUAGCAUUACCGCCAUCUCCACCAUCUCUGAUUCCUUCCUUCAACUACAACAACUCCACAGCACGAACCGUAGGAAACGACGUCAGAACCAACUUCGAUGUUCAGCUUCUGCUAAGGAAACCCAAACGCCAGAAAUCAGAGCCAGUCGUGGUUAUACAACAACCCCAGAUCCAGACGCAAAAGUCAAUUCCACGUUGCUCAACUUCCGAUAUUCUCAGACUAAUGGAUUCGCUUUCUCUACCUGGAAACGAAGACCUUUACUCUUGUCUUGCCAAAGAAUCAGCCAGAGAAAACGAUCGACGUGGAGCUUACGAGCUGCAAGUGCAUAUCCUGAAGUCUAGUAUAAGACCCACGACCACUUUUAUCAAUCGUCUUCUUCUGAUGCAUGUGUCUUGUGGGCGAUUGGAUAUCACACGCCAGAUGUUCGAUAAAAUGCCUCACAGAGAUUUUCAUUCCUGGGCGAUUGUUUUCCUCGGUUGUAUUGAAACGGGUGAUUACGAAGACGCUGCUUUGCUCUUUGUUUCCAUGUUGAAACAUUCUAAGAAUGGUGCUUUCAAGAUUCCUUCUUGGAUUAUGGGUUGUGUUUUGAAAGCGUGUGCUAUGAGCAGAGACUUGGCGUUAGGGAAGCAGGUUCACGGGUUGUGUCAGAAGCUAGGGUUUAUAGACGACGAAGAUUCUUAUCUCUCUGGUUCUUUGAUACGUUUCUACGGAGAGUUCAGGUGUUUGGAAGAUGCUAAUCUUGUGUUACACCAGCUCUCCAAUGCUAACACUGUUGUUUGGGCAGCCAAGGUUACUAAUGAUUACAGAGAAGGGGAGUUUCAAGAAGUAAUCCGUGAUUUCAUCGAAAUGGGUAAGCAUGGAGUCAAGAAGAACGUUUCAGUGUUCUCUAAUGUUUUGAAAGCAUGCACAUGGGUGAGUGACGGUGGGAGAAGCGGGCAACAAGUGCAUGCGAAUGCUAUAAAGCUCGGGGUUGAGUCUGAUUGUUUGAUCCAGUGUCGGUUAAUUGAGAUGUAUGGGAAGUAUGGGAAAGUGAAAGAGGCAGAACAGGUGUUCAAGAGUAGGAAAGAUGAGACGAGUGAUAGUUGCUGGAACGCCAUGGUCGCGGGUUAUAUGCAGAAUGGGUUUUACAUUGAAGCCAUUAAGCUUCUCCAUCAGAUGAAAGCCACUGGUAUCAAAUCACAUGACAUGCUUUUGAACGAUGCCCACUUUUAGAUUUACCAAACUGUAGAUAGUGAAA